GAACGCAAGGUUUCUGGUUCGUUCAGUCGGCCUGUGACAAAGACAGGGUCAUGGCGAAUGCAAAGGGAUCUUACGAUCUUUGGGGAAAUCGGGAGACGAAACAUUGAAAAGGGAGGUGAGCACCCGAUCAGCUGACGCCUAUCAGAGUCAAAAUGAUGAACGGAACCAAACGCCGUCUGACCAGGAGGAGAGGGGGCAGUGGGGGAACAAGGCGGAGUUCGUCCUGUCCUGCAUCGGUCUGUCCGUGGGGCUGGGCAAUGUCUGGAGGUUCCCCUACCUGGCUUACAAAAAUGGAGGGGCCGCCUUCCUGAUCGCUUACCUGGUCCUGCAGCUGUUGAUCGGGAAGCCUAUGUACUUCAUGGAACUGGUGAUGGGCCAGUUCUCGGGGAAAGGUCCAACAGGUGUCUGGGAGAUGAACCCCAGUGCCAAGGGUAUUGGUAUCGCCAUGGUGAUCAUCUCCCUUGACGUCGCCAUCUACUACAACGUCAUCAUGGCCUACACACUCUACUACUUCUUCUCCUCUAUGCAAGCCGUGCUGCCAUGGACGAAGUGUAAAGAGGAAUGGAUCGAACUGGGAUGCGUGGAGCAGAGAAGAAAGGCGCCGCCAUUCUGUACAGAGAACGCCACGUUGAAUGAGCUUUUGUCCGAGUGCGCCUGCACUAAGAAUGAAACGAUCGACCAGUUCUUGACCGUCAACUGCACGAACCUCACCUACACAGGUUUACCCAAGUCUUCAGCGGAGUUUUUCUUCAAUGAGGAGGUUAUUCAAAGGUCCGCUGGACUCGAACCCGAGAACAUGGGCGCGCCGUUAUGGAAGCUGUCACUGUGUCUCCUACUGUCGUGGAUUGUUGUCGUGCUCUGUCUCAUUAAAGGCGUUAAGUCUUCAGGCAAGGUUGUAUACUUCACAGCCACCUUUCCUUACAUAGUUUUACUCAUACUGUUGGUGCGAGGAGCGAUGCUUGAUGGUGCCAUUGACGGGGUCAAGUUCUUCAUUAUACCUGAGUGGUCAAAACUGCUUGAUAUAGAGGUGUGGGUUGCCGCUGCGGGACAGAUGUUCUUCUCGCUGUCGGUGUCGUUCGGUGGGAUCCUCAUGUUCGGCAGCUAUAACAAGUUCAGUAACAACGUGUAUGGCGACGCGUUACUCAUUAGUGUUAUGGACUUGGUGACGAGUAUUAUAGCAGGGUUUGUGAUAUUCACAACCUUUGGUGGAAUGGCCAAAACCAUCGGGGCCAACGUCACCGAUGUUGCUGAAGCAGGUUAUGGACUGGCGUUCGUGGCCUACCCAGAAGCGUUGUCCAAUUUCCCCUUACCUCAGCUGUGGUCAGUCAUCUUCUUUUUCAUGCUGUUUACCCUGGGGCUGGACAGUGAGUUCGGCCUGAUGGAGACGGUGUUGACCUGCAUCCAGGAUGAGUUCCCUCAUCUCCGGAAGUACAAGAGUUGGCUCUGCGUCGGUCUCGGAAUCGGCUGCUACUUCCUGGCUCUGCCUUGUGUCUGUCCGGGGGGCGACUACGUGGUGACGCUGAUGAACGACUUCGGCGCCGACUUCUCGGUCUUGGUGGUGGCGUGCUUCGAGUGUAUUGCCGUCAUGUGGGUUUAUGGCGUGAUGCGGUUCAUGAAGGAUAUCGAAUACAUGCUGGGAAGUAAGCCCCACGUCUGGCCUUACUGGGUGUUCUGUUGGGCUGUAGCAUCACCAUUCCUUAUCGGGGCUAUGUUCAUAUACCGGAUGGUGAAGUUUAAACCGCCUACCUACCCGAAUGAUAUGGCCUACCCGGUGUUCGCCCAGAUAAUAGGCUGGGUACUCGCUGCUGUCGUCAUCAUCCCGAUCCCUGGGUGGUUCCUCUAUAUAUUACUGAAAACACCUGGCUCAAUCACCGAGCGUCUUAGAAAAAUAUUUUCACCAACAUCUAAAUGGGGUCCAGCUGAUAGAAGAGAACUACCGAGUCAGUCCACAAGACUAUCAGAUGAAGGAAACCUCAAUCCGGCCUUCACCAAGUAAACAACAUCAACCAUUGACUGCUGGAUCUCUUUUUGCUGACAUUGUUUUGAGUCCUCUUAGACCUGCAAACCAUUUCUGCACGAAACGUCACACCAGCCAUGUUUCUGGGGCAGGGAAGAAUUCUUGCAGGAGUUAACCAAGGGUCUUUUACUCGAAAGUGAUUCUGCGGUAGAGCGGUUUAUGCAAGACACUUGGUAUAAGACGUGUGUAUCCUGUACUAAUAAACGUCAUAAUGAAUAUAUUGGACGCUUAUCCCGAGUCUACAUUGUACACUAACAUCGAAAAAUAUUAAAAGAAAUUCAAGUCGGUGAUCAGUGACUCGUCCGAAUACAAACACUCUUGUGCCGAAGUUUUAUGUGUCGAACUUAUAUUAUGGUUGUCUCGAAGUAAAAGCUCGAAUUAUGUUCAGUCACUGCACGAUUUUAGUGCGGUUGUAUCGAACCUGAAGCUCGAAUUAUGUUCAAUUUCGACACGAUGUUGUUUGACUAUUUUUAGUUGUGAAACUCUUAGAAAAUUUGAUUUUUAAGUUGUAAAUAAAUGUGUUAAUAUUUUUGUUUUACACUUCCAUAUUACCAACAAUAAUUUGCAAAUAUAUUUAGUUGCAAAAUUAUACUGAAUUCAUCACAAUAAAGGCCGUACCUCGGGUAGAAAAGGCCUUAUAUGUACAAAAUGCCCAUCAACAUAAUGGCGGAUGAAUUUAGGUUAAUCAGAACUUUUGCAUCCUUUUGCGUCAGACCAAUGAAUUUCUGUCAGAGAAUGAAUGAUAAUGGCUUGAAUGUGUUGCUUUGCUUCUUGUCAUUUGAUCAAAUGUAGAUUUGAAACAUAUAAAUUUCAUGUAAAACUGAUGUUUCACGGCUUUUAAAAUGUUACAUUGUCUCGAACUGGUGGUGAAUCCGGAAACCCUCUAAUUCCCAGAAAUGUUACCCCAUUUCGCUGAAAUCUUGCCCUCUAUUCGAAGAUCUAUUACCCCUUACUCCGAAAGAAACACUACCUUGUAAUUAGUUGAAAUAACAUCAUUAAAGGGUAUGAACGUGUCAGUGAUCUUUGUACAGUGUAAAUAAUAUAGGGCCAGGUGCUGAGUUGCAGUUUAAGUUUUAAAAAUACCUAUACCAAGCUAUAUUUACACCACUUGCACUGUAAAACCUUGCUAACCCGGAUGCUUUCGUGUACAGUAAAAUCAUCCUGAUUAAUCAAAUUUGGUCAGCCUUGGAACCAGGGUGCAUCUGAUCAUACCUGGAGGCUCCCCACAAUAUCGUUUUCGAGGUAGUCCGGAUUAAAAAGGUCCACAUUAUCGAGGUUCUCAUUUAUGUGACAGAGCACCCAUAUCAAGUAAUGCUUAUCUUAAGAUACACAUACACUUAAAAAGGACUUGCACAGCGUCUUUAGCAUCCGUACAAUGAACAUUGCUUUUAGCAUAGAUUUCUUACGAUUAUGAAAACGGUUUUGUGGGGUUAUUGGUUAUACUGAAUGUAACAGUUCACUCUAUCCUCGUGAGUCAGGGGAUGUUUUAAUGUUCCUGGCAACUGGGGUAUGGCUUCUUUAGUUGAGCGAGAAUACAAUUCAUACACUGUGUAUCUUAGAUCAUAGUUCGUUUUGAGGUUCAACGUAAAGUUUAACUUGUGAUUAAGCAUUAUGUUUCUGACAGACAUACUGAUUGUUUCCUGUAUCCGUCAUUUUAAUGGUGCCUUUUUCUGAUGGAGACGCUCAAAGGCACUGGCGGUUUGGUGUCAGCAUCCCCAUAAACCUGGACACUUUAUUCCAGAUAUAGUUUCAAAUGGCACGUGUGUCCUGAAUGCUUUUACUAAUCUGCCGUCUUAUGUUCUGAAAAAGAGCUUGCCUUAUUUGAGAAGAGCGUUUUGAUGUAAUUAAAUAAUCUGUACCUUGAAACAAACGGGUAUAAAAGGUUCAGUUAUCCUUACAUUCACCUGAUAUUGAUAUAUUAGAAACGUGUGUGUUUUUAAUCCAAGAUUCCAAUGUGUCACCCAUGUCCUGCUUCAUGUGAGUUUCAAUAGGACCAGUAAGUUUCGCGAGGCGCUACUUCCGGUACUAAGCUGGUUCCUUUGCGCACGUCAACUUGCGAUAAGCGAGACGGGGCCCAGGUUACUUCCGGUACCAGACUUCCGGUGGCAAGCGUAUGUUCAAGAACCAGUUCUGGUUCCAAAUUGCGCGACUGGAUUUAUUAGACCGAACCAAGUGUACAACCAUGAGUUGCUGUCACAGCUGUUGACAGUCAUAAUAGUUGGCUUAUUUGGGGAUGGUUAGAUCGGAAAGUUGUUAUUCCAGUCAACUGACAACCUUUGGGACCAUUCGAAAAGGUAUGAAACGUUGUUUGUCACCGGAAGUACUAAGGUCUCGCGAAGUGCCGUGACCUACUUUCGGGCCCUAUUCAGAUCUAUAUGCACAUACAGAUGACCCUCGUUACUCCGGACGUUAUCGUCCAUCCGGAUGAUCUUGCCCGUAAGGCGGUUUUCGGAUUAACGGGAUUUUCAUGUAUUCACGUUUUAGCAAUAUCAUAUCAACGUCAUUUUACAAGAUUAUCAGUUGCUGUAUAUGUAUCUGUAAGUUUACCUAUGUCAAUGAAAUGCUCAACAUAUAUAUGUAGAUAUAUUUUAUCAAGGAAAUGUCACUAUACCAUACACCAAUUUCAUUUCGUGAUUAUAUUAUAUUGUGUACUAUAUUUUUUAUACCACAGUGUACAAUAAAUGUUUUCUGAAAUGAUCAA